AUGGCAAUUACUCCUGAGAAAUUGCAACUGUUUGUUCAUUAUUUGUGUCCAUAUGCUCAGCGAGCUUUAUAUACACUAGCUUAUAAAGGUAUCCAAUGCGAAAUAAUAGAAGUAGAUCUUACGAAAAAGCCAUCAUGAUUCCUUGAGGUUAAUCCUUUAGGACAAGUUCCAGCUGCAAGAGUUAUCCAAUCUGGAAAAGAGUAUCAUAUAUGUGAGUCAAUAAAUGUUUCAGAAUAUUUCGAUUCAUUUCCUGGCCCACCUCUAUACCCAAGACUUCCAAAUGGUACAGUAAAUCCAAUAGAAAAAACAUUAGUAGAUUUAAAUAUUAGGCAGGUCUCUGAUGCAGCUACUCAAAAUCUUGCGACUUAUUAUAAAGGAUUUGGAACUCCAGAACAAAUCUUAGUGACAAGAAAAUUACUAAAAAAUCUUGAUAAAAUUCUUGAAAAUAGAGGAUUCCUAAUGACGAAGAUUUUAGGGAAAAAUGAAUUGACUUUGUCAGAUAUCGUUUUAUUGCCUAUGGUCGAGAGACUUCAUGCACUAAAAGACGGAGCUUGAAGAGAACUUGUAGAUGGAGAAGAUUUAUCGAACUUAUGGUUUUGGUUUGAAAACCUAAUAGAACAGCCUUGGGGCCAGGCUAUGAGAGCAGACCCGAGAAGGAUCGCAAAAUGGAUCAUCGGUAGAAGAAGCCCAGAAUAUAAGGGUCUUAGCCUUCCUUUAACUAACUAUGAUUAG